ACACCGCCCGCCGCCCCCCUCACUGUCCAGACACACAGAGCUCUCUCCUCGCGCGGCUGUGCGCUGCAGACUGACAGGUGACUGACAGGUGACUGACAGGCCGCUUGUCUUCCCCUCCAGGAGCCAGGGAUCCGUUCACGUUGAAGACCUUCCUACUAUGUUCCCUCAACACCUGAAGCAGAUCCGAGUCCUGAUGAUCAACGCCACGGAGAACCUGGAGAGGACCCUGUUCCGCCUGGAACAAGGGUUUGAGCUCCAGUUCCGCCUCGGGCCAAACCUCCAGGGCCGGAGGGUCGAGGUCCACACCAACUACCCGCUGGACGGACAGCCGUUCAAACAGAACCAGUUCCAUGUGUUGGCCUGGAGCUACCCCACCGGGAGGGAGGACGACUCUGACAAGUUCUGCUGCCUGGACCUUCAGAUGGCCGGGUCCUACCAGUACUACUUUGGCUAUGGAGACACCGAGCGGUCCGGGGGAGGCUACAUCGUGGUGGACCCCGUCCUUCGUGUGGGAGCAGACAACCGAGUCCUCCCAUUGGACAGCAUCAGCAUCCAGACCUACCUGUCCAAGUGCCUGGGACACCUGGACGACUGGCCCGACCGGCUGAGAGUCGCCAAGGAGUCAGGGUACAACAUGAUCCACUUCACGCCGCUGCAGACUCUGGGGGAGUCCAGGUCCUGUUACUCGUUGGCAGACCAGCUGACCUUCAACCCCGAGUUCAGCCCCGAGGGGCGGAGCUACAGCUGGGCCGACGUGGGGGCUCUGGUGGAGAAGAUCCAGACGGACUGGGACAUGCUGUGUAUCACAGACGUGGUGUACAACCACACUG